GAGUAGAGGGGUGCAUAAGAGAAGCGUUGUGAGGAGGUUGCUCUGUUUUUGUCCUUUGGAAAACCUUUUCCCUGUUGGUGUCGUGCUGGCUUGGUAUGGAUGCUAUCAUGCUGCAGGAGAAACUAGUGGAACGCUUGCUGUGCCCUCGAGUCAGAACCGCGAGGCGGAAGGUAAAGAACUGGAACAAGCAGUAUGUGGGCUUUGCCACCCUCCCUAACCAGGUGCACAGGAAGUCAGUGAAAAAGGGUUUUGACUUCACUCUCAUGGUCGCCGGGGAGUCUGGUAUGGGUAAAUCUACUCUGGUCAACAGCCUGUUCCUCACAGACCUGUACAAGGACAGGAAACUACUCAACGCUGAGGAGCGUAUCAACCAGACAGUGGAGAUCAUUAAGCAUACAGUAGACAUUGAGGAGAAAGGAGUGAAGCUCAAAUUGACCAUUGUAGACACGCCAGGGUUUGGAGACGCUGUCAACAACAAUGAAUGCUGGAAGCCGAUCACAGACUACAUCGACCAGCAAUUUGAGCAGUACUUCAGAGAUGAGAGUGGACUGAACAGGAAGAAUAUACAGGACAACAGAGUCCACUGCUGUCUCUACUUCAUUCCUCCGUUCGGACACGGACUGCGUCCAGUAGAUGUUGAGUUUAUGAAGGCUCUCCAUGAGAAGGUGAACGUGGUUCCUCUCAUUGCCAAGGCUGACUGUCUCACUCCCAAUGAGAUCAAGAAACUCAAAGACAGGGUCCGUGAGGAAAUUGAGAGGUUUGGCAUUAAGGUGUACCAGUUCCCAGAGUGUGACUCUGAUGAGGACGAGGAGUUCAAACAACUGGACAAAGAACUGAAGGAGUGCUGUCCGUUAGCAGUGAUUGGCAGUAACACAGUGGUUGAGGCCAGGGGCCAGAGAGUGAGAGGGAGACUCUAUCCAUGGGGUAUUGUGGAAGUGGAGAACCAGUCUCACUGUGACUUUGUGAAGCUGAGGAACAUGUUGAUUCGCUCCCACAUGCAUGACCUCAAAGACGUGACAUGUGAUGUGCACUAUGAGAACUACAGAGCCCAGUGUAUACAGGACAUGACCAGUAAACUGACGCAGGACAACCGCAUGGAAAGCCCGAUCCCCAUCCUGUCCCUAUCCACCCCAGAUGUGGAGACAGACAGACUCAUCAAGAUGAAAGAUGAAGAGUUGGCGAGGAUGCAAGAGAUGCUAAAUAAGAUGCAGCAGCAGAUCCAUGAUGGGAAGGACCAGUGAGCUACAGCCCCAUCUGCUGGCCACUGAACUACAACCACAACUUCAGACAUGUUACUUACAUACCAACUAUAAUGUAAUCAGGGGUGAAAGUAUAUUUAAUGAGGACCUCCUAUGAGUGCACGUGCACGCCAUUUUUUUAUGGGCCUAAUAAUAUAAUUACUUAUAGAAUCCCUAUUAAUUUAAUAGGAUCUCUGUGACCUAAUAGUAAAGAUUACUGUUAACUUUUAAAAUGUAUUGGCCUACCUUUUAAUGUAUCAUAAACACAACCAGUCAUAAUGUUUUCAUCUGAUUGUCAAACAAUUACUCCAAAAGGCUACUAUAGGCUUCCCGCACACGUUAUUCAACUCUAAAAUAAUUCCCGCAUCCGUGCACUGUGCACCUGCCAUUUGAUAAAUGCUAAAAGACAUCAGUUGCAAAACACCAAAAAGUUUAGUGAAUGACAUUCUGUGAUGGU